ACAUAUUCUACGGAUAGAUAAACAGUCUCCGGAGUCUCUGACAUGUCCAUCCAUCCGCGAGUGCCAAUGAACUCUGCCUUUCUUUUGGCUCGUCAACUUCUCCGACACUGAGAAAGAAAAGAACCCCAAAAUUCCCACUUACACAACACUUUGGUUGAAUUGAAUCUGAAUGAUUUUGGAAGCAGCUUUAAUUCCUUAUAAUAAUCCAACCCAGAAACAAAAAAUGCUUCUCCAAAGCAGCAGCAGCAGCAUGUCAUCUCCUUCUCUUCUUCUUCUUCAGCACCACCACCAAGGCCUCUCUCACUUUCAGUCACUCCUCCCACUUGUUUCCCUCAAGCUCAAGCCUCACAAGCUCUCUCUCCAGGCCGUUGUUCAGCGCUUCAAUGAACCUGAUUUGAACACGUCUAUCCCAGCUACCAAAUCAAAUGCUGCUAGGUUACCUAAGUCUCAGGCAGACGGUCCAAAGGGAAUUGCCAAUGCAAACCCUCACCUCUACAAAGUCCCAGAGUAA